AUGGUUCAACGGAGAUUAACCAAUAAUAUCACCAAAUUGAUCACAAUGGCAGCACACAGGGAACACAUAGAACUUGGCAGUUUACCACAUCACUUUGACAAGCCCGUACCGUUGGCGGUUAUUGGAGGCACUGGUUUGUACGAUUUACCCAAUCUUAAGCCGGUGGCUAGAUUGACUAUCUCCACUCCUUGGGGGUUUCCCUCGGCCCCAAUUACCAUUUCUGAGACAGAUUCAGGGUAUGCGGUGGCGUUUUUGGCGAGACAUGGACAGCACCAUGAUUUGUUGCCCACCGAUGUUCCUUCUAGGGCCAAUAUGGCGGCGUUGAAAAGUUUGGGAGUCGAGGCUAUUAUUGCGUUUUCUGCUGUGGGAUCGUUGCAACAGGAAAUUAAGCCAAGAGACUUUGUACUCCCCACUCAGAUCAUUGACAGAACUAAGGGUAUCAGACCAUCGACUUUCUUUGAACGUGGAUUUGUUGCUCAUGCUAUGUUUGGUGAGCCUUUUGAUCUCACCUUGAGUAAAAUUAUUAGCGAAAAUGUUCCCUCUUCUGGAUUUUUGGAAGGAUUUGAGACAGAUGCUCGCCCAACCUUCCAUACCAAGCACAAUACCAACAACGGCGAGGACUUGACGUUGAUUUGUAUGGAGGGCCCUCAGUUCAGUACUCGUGCUGAAUCCAAGCUCUAUAGAAGCUGGGGUGGAUCUGUGAUUAAUAUGUCGGCUUUGCCCGAGGCCAAGUUGGCUCGUGAGGCAGAGAUCGCUUACCAGAUGAUCUGUAUGUCUACAGAUUACGAUUCGUGGAACGAAAGUGAAGAUCCAGUGACGGUCGAAACGGUGGUUGGUAACUUGAAGGCUAACUCGGCCAAUGCCUGCAAACUUGCUGCUCAUUUGAUUGAGGUUGUAAGUAAAGAUUUGGCACUUGGAACCAGUGGUGUGGGUAAGGGCUUGAAGGGAUCCAUGAAGUACUCUGUUAGUACCAGUCCCCAUGGAGUCAAGAAGGAAUUGCUUGAGAAAAUGCAUUUCUUAUUCCCAGGCUACUGGCCAGUUCAAUAG